AUGAAAUGCUUCCCCAUCCUGCUGCUGGUCAGCUUAGCUUCCCCCUCUCUCGCCAUCCUUAAUGAGCAAGAUGAAAUCCACUUGGAGCCUCAGCCCACACAUGCCUGUAAGUCUCAUGUUGGCCACCUUCAGACUGGCCAGCACCUGGGGGCCAGGAACAAUCUGAGCAGCACUUCAUGCUGCGCAGUCAUUGAGGAUGGGCGUAGGAACUACCUCUCAAACCCAAAUGCUAGCAGGUGGGGAGUGUCAGCUCACCCUGAAAUGAGGAGGCUGGUGAAUUUGCUAGAAGUAGAAUUCCCGUUCAAUGGCAUUCAGAAUCAAGGAUGUGCCUUUCAGGUGCUCAUAGACUUGGAUGCUGGCAUGGGACCUCAAUUCAGUCCAGCUACGCAGCUGAUUCCUGAAAAGAACCAUGUCUCCACUGAAAACUCUUCUGAGGAAACUCCCAUUUCCAGCGAAGAGCUGGGUUUUGAAGAGGAAGAUGUGAUCAAAUCUACCAGGAGACCAAAGAGUCAAAAGCUCGAGCUGCUUCACCCCAUCCCCCCGGAGGCCAGUUUCAGAAACGCUGCCCCUCAGUCAGAAGGAACUACGGAACUCACUCUGAGGGCUGACAGGAGCCAAGGCCGAGGGGAAGAAGCUGGGAGGGAGGCAACCACCCCAGAGGGAACACUGGCCGAGCUCGGCCAUAAAAUCGGGAAGAAUCUGGACAAAACCGUGAAAGAGACCGUGAACUAUGUGAAAAGCCUACUCCCUCAUGCCUAUGAAGUCACGAGGCCCUAG